GGGCAGAAUGGAAGACGCCUUGGAGAGAAUCACCAUGUCAAUACGAUAAGAGUACUGAGACAUCUUGGAAACAGCAGGAUGGCGCCAGGCCGGCGACAAGACAGAAUAUGAAUUAACAAGUGUCAGAACGUAAUUAACAAAUGUAAACCUUCGUUGGCCUGCUGCUGUGGUACUGCUGCUUGUUCCCUGUGCUGCAAAUGCUGCCCCAAGAUAAAGCAGUCAACAAGCACCCGCUUCAUGUACGCACUCUACUUCAUCCUGGUGACUAUUAUCUGCUGUGUCAUGAUGUCAACGACAGUAGCUAAUGAAAUGAAAACACACUUUCCCUUCUAUGAGCAGAUGUGCAAAGGCAUUCAGGCAGGUGAGAUGUGUGAGAAGUUGGUGGGAUACUCUGCGGUGUACAAAGUCUGUUUUGGAAUGGCCUGUUUCUUCUUUUUCUUCUGCUUGUUUACCAUCAAAAUUAACAACAGCAAAAGCUGCCGAGCAUAUGUUCAUAAUGGAUUCUGGUUUAUAAAGCUUCUACUUCUGGCAGCAAUGUGCUCGGGAGCUUUCUUCAUUCCUGAUCAGGACACUUUCCUCAAUGCCUGGCGCUAUGUAGGAGCAGCUGGAGGUUUCCUUUUCAUUGCCAUUCAGCUCAUCCUGCUUGUUGAGUUUGCACACAAAUGGAAUAAAAAUUGGACUGCAAGUGCAAAUCACAAGCAGAUGUGGAGUGGUUUGCUCGCCCUGGUCACGCUCAUCUUGUACUCUGUUGCUGUGGCAGCCCUGGUCCUCAUGGCUCUUUUCUACACGCGCUCAGAGGGCUGCUUGUCUAACAAGAUCCUGAUUGGUGUCAAUGGUGGCCUGUGCCUCUUUGUGUCACUGGUAGCCAUAUCACCCUGUGUCCAGAAUCGCCAGCCCCAUUCUGGUUUGCUGCAGUCAGGAGUAAUCAGCUGCUACGUCAUGUACCUCACUUUCUCAGCACUAUCCAGCAAGCCCCCAGAGACCAUCCUGGAUGAAAACAAUCAGAACAUCACGAUAUGUGUGCCUGAAUUUAGCCAAGGACUACAUGGAGAUGAAAACCUGGUUACAGGCCUGGGUACUACCAUUCUCUUUGGCUGCAUUUUGUAUUCUUGUUUGACCUCAACAACACGUGCAAGCUCUGAGACAUUGAGGGGAAUAUAUGCAGCACCUGAAACCGAAGUAGCUCGUUGCUGCUUUUGCUGCACGCUUGAUGGAGAUGCUGAUGCGGAGGAGCAUGUUGAAAAAAGGGGAGGCCAGACCGUGAUUUAUGAUGAAAAGAAAGGCACAGUGUACAGCUAUACCUUCUUCCACUUUGUUUUCUUCCUGGCUUCACUCUACGUAAUGAUGACAGUAACUCACUGGUUCCACUAUGAAAGUGCUCAGAUUGAGAAAUUCUUCACUGGAACCUGGUCCAUCUUCUGGAUUAAGAUGGUCUCCUGUUGGUUUUGUGUCUUUCUCUAUUUAUGGACUCUUGUUGCUCCGCUCUGUUGCCCAACCAGAGAGUUCUCAGUGUGAACACUCAGAACUUUCUGAGUGUUUUACCUUUUUUUUUUUUCUUUUUUUUUUUUCCCCCAUUACAAAUAAAGUUCAGUGGUCACUUUGUAAUGAGGAAACACCCAUUGCCUCAUUAUCAUAAUAUACCAGAUAGUAACUUUUUAGUUAGAUAAAAUGAUUGAAAACUUUUUUUUAACCUGUUUUUAAUUGUCAGCAAGUGUUGCCUAAGGGGAUGAUUGUGUUCCAAAACUUUUUAAGACUGAUACGUACAGUGUAAGGAACAUGGUUGUUUCAUUAAUCCAAUAAUUAAGGAAUAAGUGAAAUGCUUUUAGAAUAACUGACAAUCUCUCUCUGACUUCACUGGCAAGAAAAUAAAAACAAAUGGUGCAGAUAUCAAACAUUCACAGAAGAUACAUCUUCUAGCGGAAUGCAUUCCUUUUUAUACUCUUUUAUUAACCAUGUCUUUUGCAAUGAUGAUGUGAACUGCUGUUUUGUACAGCCUGUCAUUCUUUUAAGUGGUACACAAAUCCCUUUUUCCAGAAACAUACCUGAAUACUUCUGUAGAAAGAGAGAAUAUACAAGAGUUUGACUGACAAAACAUCUAAACAUUGUUUAAAUAUAUUAUAAAUUAUUAUAUUACCUAGAUUGAGAAAGCAAUCUACCAUUGAGAAUAGAGUAUUUAUCCUAUUGUAACUUAAACAGGCACCUGAAUAUGUUAUGCAAUUCAGAACUUAUCUGGUUAUUAACAGAGGGGAGUUCUACGCACAGAGAUUCUUGAGCUCUGAAUUUCAUUGAUUUUGCUUUGCCAUAUUAAGAUUAGUAACUGCAGCUUUUGUGUACUGUACAAGGAUUUAAGAUACGGUACCAUCUUUAUUCAAAAUGUUUUUUGCUGGGGAAUAUUAAUUACAAGAGCACUGUCAGUUGCUGUUAACGUUAAAUGUGGAGUGCUCAGUUACUUUUCUACCCUGCUGUCUCAGUUUGUGUCUAAGGAUCUCCCAGGGUCUUCAGUUCUGUUUCCGUUACUGAUGUGAAAAUAGAGUGCUAGUCAGAAAAAGGACUAUGGUCAUCCUCCUUUUCUCCCUGUGUUGUUUGGAAGCAUUCUUCCUAACUGCUAUACCUUUAUACUUCUCUGUUGGCGUUCGUUUUGUUGUUGCAAUGGGAGAUAGCCGACGGAUCCGUUAAUGGGAACGGAACUUCUUUUGGAGUGCUCCUAUUUCCUGCAGCGGGAUAAGGAGUCAGGAAAACAAAAGCAGAAAACACAAAUGUGACAGCAGCUGCCAUAGUACAAAUGACUGACUUGACAACAUAAAGCCCUACUAUAUAUAUAUGUAUAUAUAUGCAUCUAUUUUUUCUUCUAGCAAACAAUUUGGUGGUUGGACAACAGCUCAAAUGCUUCAAGUUCUUAAGUAGGUUCGACUUUAUUCAGUUAUCUUCUUACCAGGGGGAAACAGUUAUUUACAACUGAAAGUUACCCCCAAGGGUUUUUUUUUUUCUCUUUUUCUGUGUGUAUGUGUACACAUACACGUGUUCAUACACACAGUGCAAAGUGUGCAAGUUAUGAACCAAAAGAACCAAUUUAGCAGGCGUAGGGUGUUUUGUUUUGUCUUGUUUUCUUUGUUUGAAAACAUGAUCGAGCCUUAAGUGCUCACCCAAUGCUUUCUACAAAACAAAAGCACAACACAGAGGCCAGUGAGGUGGCCAAAAUAUUUAUAUGCCUUAUUUGUUCUGUUGCAAUAACUGAUAGCUAAGGCACAUCUGGUGAGUGAUCCUCACAUAACACAUCUCAGUUCUGCUCUUGUUUUGUUCACCAUUUUCAGCUGUCUUUUUGCUGUGGUAUCCCAGGGCUCCUGUCCUGCUUGCAGUUUGCCAGUGGUGUUAUCUUCCCAAAUUCUUACACUCUUACCUCAAGGAAAAUCUGCAGGCAUGGAUGUCCUGGACGUUACCUACCGCAGUGACUAGGAGCCUCAGAAUACCUCUGGCAUGAAGACUGUGGGAAGGAGGAAUCUCUUACAGCUCCAGAGCUCUAAAAACUGGUGGCCAGUUUUUGUCAUUCUUCUUGCUUCUGCUGGGAGAUGCUGGUCUUGUUAAGAGCUCUGUUAGCAGGGGGUCCAUACGCUCGACUGCGUUUGGAAUCCAGCAGAGCAGAUCCUUCUGUAGCAGAAAGGCAUUUGUUACUGCAUUUGCAAUCAGGAAGCUUUUAAUUGUGCCAUCUCUUAAGUAAAGAGCUCACGGACUGUGCAGUGAUGAAUAUUGUAUUAUUUCAGUAGUAGCAGCUGUUCUGACAAACAGUCUUGAUCCAGAGCUUCAACUGUGAGCUGUAACUGAGAUAGUCCAGCCCUUCUGUCCUCCUUUGGUGAAUGUGAAUGCUGUUUUCUAACAUACAGAGGCACAUAAGAGUUGCCUUCUAGCAUCAGUUAUGUUGCAGUAUGAGAAAACAAACCUAUUUUAUUAAAGUUAGCAAUGUUAUUCUAGCAGAGCAAUCUGGGCAAGAAGCUCUACGGAAGCAGGCAUGCAGUAUGUCAGGUUGUAAGUCAGCGAAUGGCAGCUGUUCUCUGAAUCUGGUCACAGAUUCAGAGGAACUCGGUCACAAAUUUGGAUGAUUUUAAUACAUAUCUUGGCCAACAGAUGUUCUUAUUUACUUAUAAAAAUGCUUAUUUUAUGUAGGUGGUAUCUGCCUACAUAAGGACUGUGAUGCACCUCCUUGUGCGCACUUUUUAUAACUUGUAUUUAGGGAAAUAGAUUUUGCACAGAGGAAGCAGGGUUGCAAGAGGAAACUCCACAAUGAGGCCUGAGUUCAUUCUUCUUACACAGAUUUGCCUUGCUGAGUUGUUCCUUCACCCUCCCCUUCCACCAGCUAUAGACUCUACGUGUCUGUGGGUAUACAGAGGGUGGAACAGGGCGGUGCCAGACUUCGCUGUUCUGUCUGCGUCAGAGCAAGCCUUGCGGGGAAAAGAGCCUGGAAAUAAAUCUGAGCCCCCAGAUCUGACUGGGGGUCUCCAGGCCUUCCUAAGGAAUUAAUAAUCGCUGGCACCUCAAUACACAAAGCCUCAGUGAGGCACGACCUCUUGCUGGCCGGGCAAAGAUUUCAGCCUUAGCAUUUGUUGUGAAAUCUGUACUGUGAACUUUCCACACACAACUACUUAGUAAAAAUCCUGGGCUAGGGUCUAAGAUUCAAAUGCUCGAAUCAUUGGUUGCUAGCAGUUCACAGAGAUGGGCUUUUAAAAUCUUUUUAACAAGUGCCUUCAGACCUACUGCCAUGAGGGCAGUGGCACUGGAACUGGAAAACCUGAACUGAGCCUGCAGCGCAGUGCUGCUGCCUUCACCGCUGCGUACAAGACGCAUUGAUGCCCGUGGUGCAUGCGGGAGACCAAAUACCCUGUGCUUGGCCAGCUGCUGGCAUGAGACUGAUGUGGGGUGUUACAGUGAAGUGGAAGAUGAACUAGGAAAACUCACAGGUGGUCACAAAAGGCUGUUACUUGCAUUGUAAGCAGCUGGGCAUCCUCUUGCUGUGCGCGAAAGGGCUGUGCUGUUUGAAGCAGCCAGCAGUGCAGUGUCUGUCCCGCACUGAUGCUCGCCUUGUGCCACAGCUGUCCUUUGAAUUCAUUCCCAGACAUAAGGCAGCGUUGCAGUAUUUCUGGAUCCUGGUAUUUUCGAGCUGUGUAAAGUGAGGAAGCUGCUGGUUUUAAAGACAGGAAGACUGGGGACUGUGCUGCGUUUCCUCUAGUUAAACUUUAUUUUGAGCUAUUGUCAUUGUUCGUGAGACUUUUAGAGGAACAGUCCAUGUUGGCUGAAGUUAGUUCUGCUAGUAAAAUGGAAUAGCAUAUUGGUGUUUUUCCACUUGUUAAAACUGUCAUCAGAAGAAGGGUUACUUGGAACCUCAUUGCUGCACUGCUGCCUGUGGCUGGAGCCAUUCUUCUUGAGAAAGCAACCAAGAGCUGAAACAACGAUGACUGAUUCUUAUCUGGGGAUAAAACCAGUGGGAUGGACUCAGACAGAGAGCAAGUCUGUGAAUCCAAACCCUGGACUAACAAAUGAGACCACAAAACCUUAUGAAGAACGUACGGAAAGCAGAUGGAUGUGCUUGCUCUUUACCACCUCGUUCCUCCAAGCGCGCAGGCUGCCCUUGCAUCUGGAUGCUGAGUAAGGAACUUCACUGUGCUCACAGAUCAGCUGUGCGUUUCUGAUGCUUCUAGCUUCGUACUCCAAGCAUUUCCACGAGGGUCAGGAAGCUUGUGCUUGCCCUGCUAUUCCCAUAAAUCCCAGCUGGGUUUGGGCCACUUUUGUCUGAAACGGGUAAUUCGGUGUUGAUAAUGCACGCGUAGUCCAGAGAGAGGGCUUAUCCCUCGCAGAAACAUAAACACUGCAUGUCUAUUUAUUUAUUUAUUUUGUGUUCUAGCACCUUUUUACAAGUCCUGAAGCGCUUUGACAGUAUAAGCUAUGCACCUGUAGCAGCUUCACCGGCCACUUGUGCAGCCAUUUCUGGGCUAGAGCAUGGCUAUGGAUUGAGGAACCAUUGCACUGGAAGAGAGAGAGAGAAAAAGCAAACAUCUGGUUCCUAACAGUUCUCUGAUUUUGACCAAUGCAUAAGGGAAAUCUAGCAGCUCAAGAUAGCGCUGCUUUAACUCUGGCAAGCAGCCUGCAGUGUCAUGGGGAUCUCUGAACAAACUGGUGACAAAAUAAUCCACUGACGGGCUUUAAAGCACGCUAUGAAGGGUUUAUGCUGUGUUCUAUUAUGCUUUUCUCCUAAACGCAUCAGUGAUGCAAAAAAAAAAUUGCAAGAUUGUACAUACGUGGCUAAAUGAGCAAGAUUAUUUGCAGCUAAAAUUGUGUUGUCUUUCUGUGGGCUGUAGAAGCAAUAUGUUCUCCAUCCAGGCUGUAUCCUCUCGUUUUAUUUGCCUUUUUCUCCUCAAGUUCGUUUUCUGGAGGCACUGCAAAUCUGCAUAACUGCCAUCCCACUGCCUGCCAUGGCGAUGUCACUGGUCCUAGAAACUGACAGACUUCUUUGCCAGGCCUUGUUGAUUCCUGCCUUUCUGUAAGAGCAGCGCUGCAGUGCUGAAGCAAAGUCGAGGAUUGUCGCUCUGUGUAUGGAUCAGCUUUCCUGUAUGGAAAACGCAUCUUUGUUUUCUGGAGUUGUCCUGCAAGUUCUUGUGGGAGGAAAACACGUAAUCAGCGCACUGAAAACUUUACUUUGAGUUUUCAGUUUUGUAAACAGUAAUGUGAACUCAGUGUUUCAUGUGACAGUACAAGGGAUUGCCAGGGGUCAAGUGCUUGGAAAAGUUUGGUUCUUUGUACUCCUAGCAGGACACGUAGCCUGGGAAUGGCUGCAGUUGCAUUUCCAGCAUCCUGGAGGCAGAAGGUGUGGUGCUGGGAGGGGAUGCAGGCACACAGCACCCUGCCUGGUGCAGCCGCCGUGGGCUCUGCUUCUAGUGCCAGAAGAAACUCUGUAGGUUUCAAGUAGGCCACAAAUGCAUUUCUUCUGCUUUGUUCCUCCCAGUCCAUCUGUUCAGUAAUACUUUUUCUUAAAAAUGUCAGAUUUUUUUCCAAAUGCAAACCACAUUGAGUUCCCCCCGUUCGCCAUCCUCCGAUAGCUCCCACCGCCGCAGCACAGCCGCGUAGUUCAGAGCGGCUGCGGCUGAGCCCUGCGUGGCUCCAACAGCUCCAUCUGCGCCAGGCAGAGCUGCGGGCGCAGCACUCGGGCUGUGUUUUUGCCAAAGAAGUCUCAGUCCGAAGCCAAGGAAAAUUUUGGAAAGCUAUGGGAAAAUAAUGUUCUGUUACGCAUGCCUUAGCUUUAUUUUUCCUCUUUCUGAUUCUUGUCCAGGUGCUUAGGUGUCAUUGGACAUCCACACAGUCUUAAAGCAGGGAAAAUUGAUGUUCGGAGAACAAUUUUCAACUUGUCAUACACAAGCUGAGAAAAUACAAGGAACAUAUGGUUCAUUGUGUGCUUUUUGUUUACCAGAAAUGAAUGGUGAUUAGUCACAUCUAUGCCACGUUUGAGAACUGGAUGCAAACUAGGCAAAACGUAAACGCUUCUUCUUAAUGGUGAGGGGGUUUCAAUUAGUCCUUUUCUUAAUAUCUCAAGGGAACUUUUUAUGUGUUUGUGUGGUUUAGUUCUAUUAGUCUAUAGCCCAGUGAGGUGGAGAUUUGCUGGUUUUAUUUAACAUUUUUGUGAGUGUUGUGAUCUAUAGUAACUGUAACACUUUGACUUUUAGGGAUUGGUAAAGGCUUCAGAAUUCUACAAACUUCAUUGUAAAAUAGCCUUGUCUUUUUAAAGCAUGUUAAUGGUUUUUAUGGACACUUCCUUUUGUAUACUGAGUGAAUGUAUUGUUAUAGGUUUAAUGUUUAAUGGACCAAUAAAGUUUUUCUUACAAA